GAAAAAUUUUGUUGGACCAACAUACGCCUGCCGACAAAUUUAAUUCCUCGAAGUUAUGAAGUUAUCAUUUAUCCAAAUCUUCCAAAAUUUUAUUUCCGUGGCUCGUCCAAAACCAGAGUUUUCGUACGUAGAUGUACCAAUAGCAUUGUCAUGCACGUUAAAGGCCUCAAAAUCUCUAGAGUUGAUGUACGCUAUAAAGACCGAAAUGGUUUGUUGGAAAAAGAGCCAAUAAUAUCUUUUUUAUUACAUAAAUUUUCCGAUUUGGAACAACUGCAAAUCGAACUUUGCAACUUCCUCAGACCAAACUCUACCGUCAUCAUUGAAAUUUCUUUCAGAGGAGUGCUGAGAAAUGAUAAUUUCGGGUUUUAUUCAAGUUCAUACACAACCGGUGACAAUGUCGUCAGAUAUUUAGCUGCCACGCAUUUCCAACCGACUGAAGCACGAUCGGCAAUUCCAUGCUUUGAUGAGCCGCCCAUGAAGGCGACCUUCAAGUUCUACAUCAUCAGACCAAAUGACUACAUCUCAUUGUUCAACACGGAGAAGGUAGCUGAGAGGGCAGUGUCCAGCAGUGAAACAAUGGACAUCUUCAACACCUCCGUCCAGAUGAGCACUUACUUGCUGGCCUUUGUUGUCUGCGACUUUCAGUCAAAAUCUCAAAUGAGCAUGAGUGGAGUUAAUAUCUCCGUGUACUCUCAACCAUCAACUAUAAACGACGUCAAUUUUGCACUGGAAUCAAUUACCAAAUUAAUGGAUUUCUUUGAGGGAUUUUAUGGAGUCAGGUACCCAUUGAAAAAAUUGGGUGGGUGUUAG